ACUCAAAAUGUCAUUCCGGAUCAAGCGAAAAAAAGGAGCUUAAUUUGAACUGCUACGAAGCGGUAUCUGUGGAACGUUGGGAGAUUGCCAACGUUCGGAGAGACUGAAACCCUGAAACCUACUUUCCAAAAUUACAAUGAUUCUAGACUGUACUGCCAUGAACAUAGAAAAAGUUUGUCUGUUCGAGAAAGACCGUAUAAAUAGUUUCCAGAAAUGGCCCUAUACGGAAUCCAGUCCCUGCAGCAUCCAGAAGAUGGCCGAAGCGGGGUUUCGCUGGCAAGGAUACGAUUGCGAAGAAGACACCGCUGCGUGUUUUGUCUGUGGGAAAAUCCUCGAUGGAUGGGAGGAAACCGAUAACCCCUGGGAAGAGCAUAAAAAGCAUGCUCCACAAUGUUUAUUUGUGAAGUACGGACGGUCGGAGGCGGAAUUAACGGUUGAAGAAAUGAUCUCUCUGCUGGAAGUUAUCCUGAAAGAACGAAUCAAGAACAAAUACAAUGCCUUGAAGGAGGACCUUAAGGUGGUAAUUGAGAAGAAGCGGAAGGAAAUGACAAAGCAUUUAACGAAGAAUUAAGUUUUGUGUAACAAUUUGUUCCAGAAUAUAAAAAAAUAAAUGGAAUGUUGUUUUGUUCCCGGGCUCGCGAGUCUACUAUUACCCUACAUGGACCUUUUGCCUGGCGAGCAACUGCUUCGAAUAUUAUGUUUAGAUAUCAAUUAUCGAUCUUAAGCGUAUAGGAAAUACUCGUAAAUUUAAUUUGAAUGUGAAAUUUUAUGCUGUAGAUGAUAGGUAAAUGAACCGGUCAAAUGAUAAAUAAAAUAAAGCAGAAGUCGAAUAAUAUUUUUAAUUAAAA